CCGGGACAUAUGGAGGCUUUCAAGAGUUUUAAGUGCUUCAUAACUAGUACAAAUAGCUCCCCACUGACCUUGACAGUCAUCAAACCAACCUCUCUCUUCCAAAUCAACUAACUACUCAAAGCAUAUCUAUAGUUAUUUGGAAAAUGGCGGCCUACCCUUACUACUCUCCUCCUCCACCACCACCACCUCCACCACACCACCACCACCACCACCACCACCAUCCAAAAUCUCCACCCCUGCCUUGUACACCCACUCCGCCACCGCCGCCACCACCACCACCACCAUGUUCUCCCACUCAUACGCCUCCUACCCAUUCGGCAAAGCCACCUCAAUAUGGCUAUCCAAAAUCCCCUCCACCGCCGCCGGAUCACCACCAUUACUAUCCUCAGCCACCGGCAGUGUCUCCGCCAGUAAUGGCGGCACCACCUCAGAGUCACACUUACCCUCCCAAGGGUUCAUCUUCUCCACCCCAUCCAUACACGCCACCAAAAAUAUCACCUCCAAAACAAUCUCCACCGAAGGCAACACCCCCAUCAUACCCACCAAAUUCACCUCCCAAGGGUUCAUCCUCGCCAUCACGUCCAUACACACCUCCAAAACCAUCGCCACCAAAGGCAACACCACCAACGUCAUAUCCACCAAAAUCCCCCCCGAAGGGUUCAGCUCCCCCACCGCGUCCAUACACCCCGCCAAAACCAUCAUCUCCAAAUGCGACACCGCCAAAGUCCCCUCCGAAGGGUUCAGCUCCGCCAAAGCUAACACCUUCAAAUGCGGCAUCGCCAACUUCAUAUCCACCAAAGUCACCUUCCCAUUCGCCAACUCGCCCCAAGGCGACCCCACCAAAUUCUGAAUACCCGCCAAAACCAAGCAAGACACCGCCGGCUCAGCCGCCAAAAUUCUACUCCCCUAAGCCAAGCAAGAAUACUCCACCAGCUCAGCCACCAAAACCCUAUCCCCCUAAGCCAAGCAAGAACACUCCACCGGCUCAACCCCCUAAGCCAAGCAAGAACACUCCUCCUGCUAAACCCCCUAAACCCUAUUCCAAACCGCCUCCAACGACUUACCCCGGCUCACCACUUGCUCAGCCACCGACCUUCCAUGGCUACGCUCCGGCCCCGCCUACUUUUGGACCGCCUUCGCCUACCAUCAAUGGUAUCCCACCUUCUUCUGAUAUCACGGCACCGCCUCCGGGUGGCAAUCAUACCACUGUUAUAGCAGUUUGUGUUUCCCUGGGAGGUGCUUUCUUCCUGGCAUUCAUCUUAGUUGGCCUCUUCUGCCUUGCAAAGAAGAAGAAGAAGCCGGUUAUGGUUCCGGCCGCAGCUGCUGCUUGUGCAUCAUCAGAGUCCGAUGAAGAAAGUAGCCGUGGAGCAGCAGUAGGAGUAGCCGCUGCCGUGGCCGUCGCCGGAGGAUCUCCGGGUAGUUCCGUGUCUUCAUCAGUCCAUGGUUCAAGACACCAGCGUAGUAGUUACUAAAAGUGUUCAAAUAUCUUAAACUCGUAAUCGUGAUCAUGCAUGUGUUAAUAAUGUGUUUAAGUUUGGGUUCUUGCGCUGUUUGGCACACGUUAGUUUGUCCAACGCCACACGAAUUUAAAAUGCAGUGAUAAGCCAACUCCUUGUUAUCGUUCGUAAAAUGCAGGUGUGGUUUCAUUAAAUUUCAUUGGUUGGGUUGGUUCAUAAUAAUAAGUUUCGUUGAAAGAGCGUAACAGUAUAUUUUAAUUUUUUCGAUUGUGUUAUUCAUCAAAUUUAUUGAUCGUGCAUGAUCAAAGGACUGGGGGCAGUACUUCGGUUUUAUUGUAAGUUUUGUGUAGUGUGCAGUUGUUUAUUUAAAUAUUCGGUGGCGUAGUACAUGAAAGAAAGUGAGUAAAUAUAUUGGAAGUUUGUACUA